AUGAGUGACUCUGUUACUUGGAACUACGAUAAGCCUAUUUACGACCAACAAAAGGGCCGCUGGUACUACGAGGGUCGGAGGCCUGAUGGAUCCAAAGUUCGCAAGUAUCCCCCAGUGGGCGAGGACACUGAUGACCAGGCGGCUCAGCAUGAUUCACGGAGUAGCUAUCACUUGACUCCUCGCAACGAUGCUUCCGCCCUCGCGGCAGGCAUGCAAGCCAUGAACAUCCAGCCUGUAGGGUCUUACGACGGUGACGCUCAACACUACACAACUGUCCAGCCCGCUGGGUUCAGCCCAGCCACAGCAGGUCAAGGUCAGACUUGGUCUGAACGUCGGCCGUCUGCUUAUGCAUCAUCCGGCUCAGUCGCCACAACGGAAUCCGGACUUGGGUCACAGCAGGUAGACCCUAACGUGUAUUCUCAAACCCCGGGCACUUCCCAACAAAGCACUGGAACCGACUCGCAAUACCCAGACGGUUACAAUCAAUGUCGCCGUGUAUCAGAGAGCUCAGGUGGGCUGAGUUACCAACAAUACGACGAUGUGAAUAAGGAGCAGCCUGUGUCGUCCUACUCAGGGCUUGCCGCAUCUUCGUAUGACCAACAGACCACGUCCGGGAAUACUAUCUACGGGGCGCUUGGUAGCAACCAACCGUACGUGGAUGGUUACGGUGUGCCGCCAUCUGGUCUCAUGGCCUCGAACCCAGACAGUAGAUCCCAGGAUAAAUCACGAAAGCACAAGCAUGGUAGUAAGGCAAAGGGAAAAGGCCGCGCGGAAGCUGAUGGAUACGGCGGCGGCGGGGACGGGAAGUUGCUGACAUACAAUGGGCCACAAUAUGGCGGUGAGAGGUCUACCCCAGGCGGAUACUACAACGAAUACUCCCGCCAAACUUCCAGUGGCGGGCCACCGUACGGGACUGGCUCGUAUGCCGGACAAGGUGGCCAUGCAUCCAGCCAGGCAACGAGAUUCGGCACCAGUCCUACUGGUGUCGAGACCACUGUCGAUAGUAUUGACAGGGAUCUUCAAGCCCUCACCAGAGAAUUCUUCACAGACCGAGGUUCCACGUACCAAGCUGCAGCUCGCGACGACCUGUCACCGCUUCAGAGCCACUCAAAAUCGACGAGGCCAGACAUUAUCAGGGGAACACCGGGAAAUUCCGAGUAUCUGGAUGGCAGGUAUCGAGUCGAACCCUCGAACAAAUUCGAACCCGGCAAUGUUUUCAAGGUGAUGUGGUCCGAGCCAAAAGGAGGCACUGUUCCGGGUGGAGGCAGCAGGUUCUCAGACACGACCCUUCUGCAAGACCAUAUGAGUGGGGUAUGGACAGGCUUCCGCCGCUUCAUCGUCAUCAGGAAUGGCGAGGGUCACUGCAAUUGCGUACCUAUCUUAACGUAUGGAAAGCUUGGAUGCCUGAAGAACGGUGUCAAGCCACACCACCACGGUAUCGUCUUCGAAAGGGGGCAACAAGCAACCAGACUAGCGAACGAGCCUUCCCUUGGUUUCGACCCCAUCUGCAUGGAGAUGCACCCCGGCGAACACAUCUCGGAGGAGUCCAGAGUCAACUACUCGAAGCUCGUGACCGUUGAGCACAACGUGAAGGUUCUAUUUGUGGGCCGUGUCCUCUACGACGACUGGCCCAUCGUACAGCAGGCCGUCGACUCGUGCUGGGAUGCGAAGAAGUCGCACAGAUCGGAACAUCCCGGUGGCGGCAGUAGUAGCCACAGCCACAGCCACCGCAGCAGUCACCGAAAGAAGAGCAAAGGCUCGUAG